AUGGCUAGUAACAGCAAUGAUCAAGAUUCAAAAUCGACCAAUCCUUCUGAUCCGCCUCCAGUUUUUGCGCUCAAUGAAAGGAUACUUUCUUCCAUGGCAGAUAAAAAAGACGCUGCUGCUCAUCCAUGGCAUGACUUAGAAAUUGGGCCAGGAGCUCCAUCAGUUUUCAAUUGUGUGGUUGAAAUUGGCAAAGGGAGCAAGGUUAAGUAUGAACUGGACAAGAAAAGUGGACUUAUAAAGGUUGAUCGCAUUCUUUACUCAUCAGUUGUCUACCCACAUAACUAUGGUUUUAUUCCAAGAACCCUCUGUGAAGAUGAAGAUCCCUUGGAUGUCCUGGUUCUGAUGCAGGAGCCUGUGAUACCUGGGUGUUUCCUUCGUGCCCGUGCAAUUGGGUUGAUGCCCAUGAUUGACCAGGGAGAGAAGGAUGACAAGAUCAUAGCAGUUUGUGCUGAUGAUCCCGAGUUCCGCCAUUACCAGGACAUCAAGGAGCUUCCUCCACACAGGCUUGCUGAAAUUAGAAGAUUCUUUGAGGACUAUAAGAAGAACGAGAACAAAAUAGUCAAUGUUGAAGACUUUCUACCAGCUGAAUCUGCUGUUCAGGCUAUUGAACACUCCAUGGACCUGUAUGCUGCUUAUGUAGUUGGAAACUUAAGGAAAUGA